AUGAUGGAGAACAAUCUGCUGCUUUCAGAUCAUCAGAUCAGAUUAGCUGGAUCAAAUGAGUCAUGUUCUGGAAGAAUUGAAUUAUUCCAUUAUGGUGUCUGGGGAACAGUCUGUGAUGAUGGUUGGGACCUAAACGAUGCUGAGGUGGCCUGCAGAGAGCUAGGCUGUGGUCCUGCUUUGGGUGCUUCUAUGUCUGCCUCCUUUGGUCAAGGGACUGGGCAAAUCUGGCUUGAUGAUCUGGCCUGCUCAGGAAGUGAAACUUCUCUCGGCGUGUGUGGGCACAGUGGAUUUGGGACUCACAAUUGUGGACACCAUCAAGAUGCUGGUGUCAUAUGUUCAAAUUAUUCAAUCAGAUUAGCUGGAUCAAAUGAGUCAUGUUCUGGAAGAAUUGAAAUAUACCACAAUACUUCAUGGGGAACAGUCUGUGAUGAUGGUUGGGACCUAAACGAUGCUGAGGUGGCCUGCAGACAGCUAGGCUGUGGUCCUGCUGUGGGUGCUCCACAGAAUGCCUACUUCGGACAAGGGACUGGACAAAUCUGGCUUGAUGAUCUGGCCUGCUCAGGAAAUGAAACUUCUCUUGGAUUGUGUGUGCACAGGGGAUUUGGGACUCACGAUUGUGUACACAGUGAAGAUGCUGGAGUCAAAUGUUCAAAAUAUUCGGUCAGAUUAGUUGGAUCAGAUAACUCAUGUUCUGGAAGAAUUGAAAUAUACCACAACGGUGUCUGGGGAACAGUCUGUGAUGAUGGUUGGGACUUAAAUGAUGCUGAGGUGGUCUGCAGAGAGCUAGGCUGUGGUCCUGCCUUGGAUGCUCCACAGUCUGCAUACUUUGGACAAGGGACUGGACAAAUCUGGCUUGAUGAUCUGGUCUGCUCAGGAAGUGAAACUUCUCUCAGCAUGUGUGGGCACAGUGGAUUUGGGACUCACAAUUGUGGACAUCACGAAGAUGCUGGUGUUAAAUGUUCAAGUAAUUUAAUCAGAGUAGUUGGAUCUGCUGAAUCAUGUUCUGGAAGAAUUGAAAUAUACCACAAUGGUGUCUGGGGAACAGUCUGUGAUGAUAGUUGGGACUUAAAUGAUGCUGAGGUGGCCUGCAGACAGCUAGGCUGUGGUCCUGCCUUGGAUGCUCCACAGAAUGCCCACUUUGGCCAAGGGACUGGACAAAUCUGGCUUGAUGAUCUGGUCUGCUCAGGAAGUGAAUAUUCUCUCGGCAUGUGUCAGCACAGUGGAUUUGGGACUCACAAUUGUGGACACCAUGAAGAUGCUGGCGUUAAAUGUUUAAAUCAUUCACUGAGAUUAGUAGGAUCAAAUGAGUUAUGUUCUGGAAGAAUUGAAAUAUACCACAACGGUGUCUGGGGAACAGUCUGUGAUGAUAGUUGGGACUUAAAUGAUGCUGAGGUGGCCUGCAGACAGCUAGGCUGUGGUCCUGCUUUGGGUGCUCCACAGAAUGCCUACUUUGGCCAAGGUACUGGACAAAUCUGGCUUGAUGAUCUGGUCUGCUCAGGAAGUGAAAAUUCUCUUGGAAUGUGUGGGCACAGUGGAUUUGGGACUCACAAUUGUGCACACCGAGAAGAUGCUGGUGUCAUAUGUUCAAGUAAGACUUUGUUAGUAAUUGGAUCAGAUGAGUCAUGUUCUGGAAGAAUUGAAAUAUACCACAAUGGUGUCUGGGGAACAGUCUGUGAUGAUGCUUGGGACCUAAACGAUGCUGAGGUGGCCUGCAGACAGCUAGGCUGUGGUCCUGCUUUGGGUGCUCCACGGUAUGCCUACUUUGGCCAAGGUACUGGACAAAUCUGGCUUGAUGAUCUGGCCUGCUCAGGAAAUGAAUCUACACUCAGCAUUUGUGGGCAUGGAGGAUUUGGGAUUCACAACUGUGGACACCACGAAGAUGCUGGUGUCAUAUGUUCAAGUAAGAUUGCGGAUGCAUGA